GCGAUCUGCGCGCAGCAUCCUCACCUUGCCGAGGGAAGCGUUUCACACGACGUCCACAGACGCGGACGGACAGACGCCACUUCACCCUCACCUGCGUCACCGGAAUAGUUAAUUGUCUGUGGCUGAGAUACAGCAGAGUCCGGGCCCCGUUCAUCUGAAGCCAGAACACCGUGUUCCCAUGAUGUCAUACCUGUGGAUUCUGCUAUUAGGAAGCCUGCUCGUUUGGAGCACCAAAGCACAAGACCCAGAUGUCAAUACAGCACCGGACACACCAGCAGUAGAGGAUCCUGCUGCCCCGGCCCCUGAAGACCCGGCCCCUGAAGACCUGGCCCCUGAGGACCCGUUGCCUGAGGACCCGUUGCCUGAGGACCCGGCGCCUGAGGACCCGGCGCCUGAGGAUCCGGCACCUGAGGACCCGGCCCCUGAGGACCCGGCCCCUGAGGACCCGGCCCCUGAGGACCCGGGCCUGGACAGUGCGGCAGCAGGACCAGAGGCAUCCAAAGAGGCAGAACCCACUGAGGUGGAAGAAGCACAAGAGGAGACACAAGCAGCGGCUGAGGCUGCACCUGAAGAGGCAGGAGAGGCUGAGGCAGCGUCCCCCACAGAAGCAGUUGCCCCUGCAGAGGCGGAGGAGACGGAGGCUGCGGCCCCAACAGAGACGGGAGAGACAGAAAUAGCAGCCCCUGAAGAUGGGGCAGAGCUAGAGGCAGCAGUCCCUACAGAGGGGGCAAAGGUUGAGACAACUGCCCCCACAGAAGAUGAAGGGGAUGGGGCUGCAAUUCCACCAUCAGAGGGAGAGCCAGAAGUCGAGAAAGAGGCAGAGGAGGAAGCUGCCUCAAAUGCUGACGCAGAAACUGAAGCACCUCCCACUCAGGAGGAGACUGGAGUUGAUGGAUCCGCAGAGACAGAUCGAGAGAACACAGAGGCUCCGACAGAACCAGCACCAGAGUCCAGGCCAGAGACACCCCCUCCCCAUCCUGCGCCUGCAGAUGUGCCAGAGGUCACUGAAACUAAGGAGCCUGGAGAUGGAGAAAAUGUGGAAGACAAUCUGAAAGGAGACAAGGUAGAUCCACAAGUUCCCCCGCCCAACAAAGGCCGCAGCGGUGGAUCCAUUGCCCACUCAUCGGAUGCCACAGGAGAUGCUGGAACACCUGAGGCCCAAGCAAGCAGCAGCUCCAGCUCGGUGGCGGGCAUCCUGAGUGCCGUAGCCGUGGCCGUGGUGGGCGCGGCCACCGGGUACUUUACCUACCAAAAGAAGAAACUCUGCUUCAAAAACAGAGAGGCAGAUCCAGAAGCUGCUCGCAAAGCUGAUGCAGCAGAGGCACAGUCAGACCCCCAGGUCCUUAGCAACCUACUCAACGCUUCUUAGACUGGCAGAGAUCACAUGACUGUCUGGACCAAUCACAGUCAAGCAAAGUGGUGAUCACACUGGCAGGCUCUACCCUCAAUAGGGCUAUAAUACUGUGAGACCCCACUGUAGGACUGUGUGUGUGUGUGUGUGUGUGUGUGUGUGUGUGUGUGUGUGUGUGUGUGUGUGUGUGUGC